GCGGCAGAAAAGGAGAUAGCAAAUCAUAGUUCGCAUGUCCCCUUCCUUGUCAGCAUUUUGUUUAAACGCAGUAAAUGUACAGUUAUUGCAGUCAGAACGUAUGUACGGAGGUCGGUCUCAUUAUUACUCCGUGGUAACAGGUAUUAACACUUAACAUUUAAGGGAAUUAAAUGGAUGGACAGUCCAGUUCGAAGAAUUAUGAUUGAAUUAUAACAUAAGAGGCUCAGAACUCAUAGUUUAGAAGAAACGCAGUGUCAAUUGCAAGUCAAAAGUUUUACGCUCCUCUCUAUCUGCAUCUAAAUAUUCGUCAUCUGAAUCAGCCCUUUCCAUUGAGGGGAGUUCGACUCAAUUACCACAUGUUUGAGUUUUUCCACCACUUCUUUACUCAGCUUUGGAGGUAGUCGUUUUCUGACAUGGAAGUAUAAAUAUAAAGGUGAAAAAACUCUAAAAGAUUUGGUACACUGAAUAACAUUAUGCAGCCACUUUCCGGAACUGUCUUUCUUCUUAUCAGUGGAGCUAGUCAAGGUAUAGGCAAGAAAAUUGCAGAAACUUUUGCACCUCUUUUAAAACCUGGAUCGCAAAUUCUUCUAUUAGCAAGGAAUUUAGAAGGUCUCAUUGAUACAAAAAAUAAUUUGCCUAAGUAUUUGACGAUAAAUACUGCUAGUAUCGAUCUAAGUACCGCAUCUGCUGAUGACCUAACUGGAACCAUGACAAAUUUCUUAAAGAAUGACGAAAUUUCUAAAUUUGAUCAAGCAAUGAUUGUACACAAUGCUGGAUCCUUAGGAAAUAUAGCGCAGAAGACGAUUGAGAUGACGAACUUCACAGUAUGGCGUCAAUAUUAUGAUUUAAAUGUGUUCUCUCCAGCAAUCUUGAAUAACGUCUUUAUGAAGUUUUUCGGAAGCCAAGUUAAAUGCAAGAUUUUUAUUGUGAAUAUAACUUCGCUUUGUGCUCUGCAGCCCAUGAAAUCUUUAGCAUAUUAUUGUUCUGGAAAAGCAGCUAGGGAAAUGUUUUUCAAGGUUUUUGCAGCAGAAAAUCCAGAUGUUAAUGUACUCAAUUAUUCACCGGGGCCUGUAAAGACAAAUAUGCUAAAUGUUGUGUGUCAGGAUGUUGGAGAUACGGAAGUAAAAAAAAAAUUUAAUGAACUAAAGGAUAAAGAUACAGCUUUAUCACCAGAAAAAACAGUGACACGUCUUUUACAAGUAUUAGUAGAACAGAAUUACGUUUCAGGAGAUCAUGUAGAUUUCUAUGAUAUCUUGUGAGGUGACCUUUUGUAUGUCGUUGCUUUAAAAAAUCAAGAUAAAAAGACUUAAUGUAACAUUCCAGAAUGAUUUAUAUUCUUAUGUAUAUAAUUAAAAAAUAUAUAUAGUUAACUUUAAAAACUACGCAAAACCCUCGUCUGUCUUGAGAACAUAAAGCAACCCAAGGAUGACAGCUUUCUGCACCUAUCUGGCAAGUGCCUAGGCAUAAUAUAAUAUUUUACUCUUAAUAACUUAAAUAAUUUAAAAUAUAAGAAUUGAAUUUUUACUUUUAGAUUUAUUAAAUGCGUAGAGUAUAGUUAAAAUCAGACGUCUGUUAGAUGCUGAAGGACCUAAAAUCUUCGUCUCGACAUGUACUUUCGAAUGCAUUGUAGUCUUUGAGAAAAUUCAAUAAAGAGGUUCCAAUAUGGCGCCAGAAACGGAAAA